UGUGGAUGAGAAGGCGCGCGGUCGAACUUAACAUUAAAACGCGCAGCUCCAAAUGCGCAAGGACCAGUCACCGACUCGAAUCAACUGAUGGGAUCAUACCACCUUAAAAGGCGACCGAACGACAACUUGACAGCUUCUGCAAGAUUACGUCGCAUUUUUCUAACGGCAAUAAUAUUAUCUUUAAUAAUGACCCAAAGUGGAUACCAGCGUCUCUUCGCCUAACUCCGCAGUUCAAGGUGAAAGUUCCCACGCGUUUAUUAUUCCAAAGGGGGGGAAACCAUCAUUUGGCGCAGAGAGAUGGACCUGUGGGGGCUUUAUCUUCUACAUCUCACAAGUUACGGUCUGUUGGAGGUUGUACUGGCCGGCAGCGACUGCUUGAUGGCCGGAGACAUGUGCUCAAGCGAUGACACUUGCAGCCCACGCCUGCGCACGCUGCGUCAGUGCGUGGCGGGCAAUGGCAGCAUGAAGCUGGGACCUGGAGCCAGGAGCCAGUGCGCCAACGCAGUGUCCGCCCUGCUUUCCAGCCCUUUGCACGGCUGCCAGUGUAAACGGGGAAUGAAGAAGGAAAAGAACUGCCUGAGCAUCUACUGGAGCCUUCACCAGUCCAUCAUUCACGGUCUCAACUUGGUAGAGAGUUACCCAUAUGAAACCGUGCAAAGGGAUUAUGACUAUGUCCGUUUGGCCUCCAUCACAGCAGACUCUGAUGUUGGCAUGGUAACUGUGAAUCGCUGCUUGGAUGCGGCGAAGGCUUGUAACGUGGACGAUUUGUGUCAGAAGCUGCGCACAGAAUACGUCUCGGCCUGCAUCAAACCCACUGCCAAAUCUGGCCUCUGCAACCGGGUCAAAUGCAACAAAGCCCUGCGCAGGUUCUUCGACCGCGUUCCCGCUGACCACACGCACGAGCUGCUAUUUUGCCCCUGCACGGACACGGCUUGCGCGGAGCGUCGCAGGCAGACCAUUGUUCCCAGCUGCUCUUAUGAAAGCGUGGAAAAGCCCAGCUGCAUUACGCAAAGGAGGAUCUGCGAGGCUGACUACGUGUGCAAGUCUCGUCUGGCACAGUUUCAGUACGACUGCGAACCCUCUGAAGUGUCUGCCAGUGGUUGUAAGCAAAGAAACUACGGUGCCUGCCUCCUCGCCUACACAGGACUCAUAGGAAGCACGAUCACGCCAAACUACGUUGACAACGCCACUUCCAGUGUGGCACCGUGGUGCUCCUGCUCGGCCAGCGGCAACCAGAGGCAAGAAUGCGAAGACUUUCUGGACUACUUCACCGAAAACAUCUGUCUCUGGAAUGCCCUAAAGGUGUUUGGGAGUGAAUCUAACAAGCAGCCAACGGUGGGCCAGUCCAAUACCUUAAGCCCCGCCCACCGCAGCAGAGAAAACAGGAGCAGUACUUCCCCACCGGAAAGCAUAAUAACAAGGGGGUACAUACUGGAUACAAAAAUACCCACACAGGCCAUGGGAAAUGAACUCCUGGUGGACCAAUCCAACCUGCCGUCCAGCAGCCUCCCAAAUGCAGCGACCCCUCACGGGCUCCUGCCUCCCGUUGCCAUCAGCCUUCUGUUGUUUCGCUUGCUCGACAGUGGACACUAAAGACUGCGGGGAUGCACUCCACGCCUGCUACAGAGAAUGGAGACAGUUCACGAAUCGUGCAGCUAUUCUCGCCUCCUCCUCGACUUAUACAGCAAUUGCGUUUCCAUUUUUGUGUCUAGGUAGUUGGACCCUUAACGGAAGCCAAUGUGUACAUUUGUACGUACAAUCGUUGUUGCUGUGAUCAAGACAUGCCAAAAUUGAGCUACAGACACAAUUGAGCUCUCAGCUAUCCAGCGACGUCUCUAUAUGUGUAUGUGUGAUACGUAGUUAAGGAUACCAACAGAAGCUCUUAAUGUGAGUCAGUGUUUGGAGAGCUGCCGGAGCAUACAGCCCUUUAACAGCACUCUCCUCAAGUGUCUGCAAGAGGACCAUUACUAUUUCUAAUCAAUACUAGGAAAAAAGGGGGUGGGGGCAAGCCGGAGAGACAAUAGAGCAACAUUUUACUUGGACGUGGCCGACAGAUGCCCUGAUUCUUCGGUGUCCUGCAGCAGCGUACAGCCGAGAGUCUAUAAGACAAACCUUGACACCACAAUCAUGCUCUCCAUCGCCGUUUGUCAAACUCUCACUUUAUUUCUUAGCUCUGGAGCUACAGUAUAAAACAUGGCCUUGCUCUUAAAAGGGAAUUAUCAGCCAAUUCUCAAAAGACAAUUCCUUUAGACCUCUGGCUGCUAUACAAAAAGUAAUUGUGAGUGUAAUAACCUUCUUGUUCUCAUUGUGCAAGUGGACACUGCAAGGGCGGACAAAGUGAAAGUGUUGGCUUCCGUUACUUACGUGGGCAUCAUCAAUAUACAUACUUGGAAAUUUAAUGGAUGUGAAAAGACUAUGAAAGUAUUUUCUGUUCUGGGAACUAAUUUAUGUAAAUAAAGACACAUCAAUUCCCAGGUUUUGUGUUUCUUGCAAAGCAUCUGAACAUUAUUAAACAUCCAAUGACAAGCAAACAAAUGUUGCCAUUGGAAAAAAUGUGAAGUACAAAAGUACACUUUGACAUUGAACUUCUUAAAAACUAUUGAAAUAUAAAAACACAUAAGAUAUAUUCUGAAUGCUUGCAAUCUCAAGUUUUUUUUAUGGAAUGUUCAAAAAUGUUCAGUGUGAGCACUUUUGGUCGCACAAUUCAGUUUUUGCAAAACACCCUUUCUGGUCAAGUGAACGCCAUAACUGGAUCUGAAAAAAUCAUUUGCAUUACAAAAAAAACUUCAUAAAUGUGGCUUUCAAAUGGUGCCGGUUUCCUCUUCCUUCCACUAUAUAGUUCUGCAGAUAUGAGGACUUUUGUUCAUUCAUUCCCUGUCACCUGUACACUUUCAUUAUGUCAAAAAAUUGCAUUCAUGCAAGUACUAAAGGAAUAAGCCACUGUAAAAUAAAACUCAAAGUAAAUCCACUCAGACAUAAUGACGAGGGAUUAGGAACGUUUUUGCAACUGUUUGAGUCGUGUUGUUUUCAAUAUUGUAGUCAUUCAAUAAACACAUGUUGGUGUUUCAGUAUUUACUCUACAUGGCUGUGAUAUUGCAGCGCAGUAAAAAAAUUGCCACUGAUGGAUUACAUGACUUGGGCCAUUUACAUGCUAGGUCAAAUAUAUUUGUGUAUGCCUGGUGGUUAGGAUGUUUGCCUCACUGUUCUGUGGUUUGAUUCUUGGUAUUAACUCCUGUGUGGAGUUUGUAUGUCCACCCUGUACUUUUGUGGGGUUUCUCCAGAUACUUGCUUGUCAGCUCUUAUUUGGC